GUUCGGUAACCAAACCCACACAACAAAGGCCGCGCGGCUGUUGGAUAACCAAGGCGUCGGAGGAUUUGCCUGCCGUGUAGUUCUUCCUCGUUGGCACCCGGCUCCGCACUGGUAAGAAAUCCAUGGCCAAAUUCUCCUUUAACGACGCCGAUGAAGACCCUCCAACCUUCUCUUCCGAGGGUGAAAAGAGAAAGCGCGAUGACGGCCCAGGCGAAGCGGCGGCAAGCGGAGGACCCUCUAAGGCCCGAAUUCUGACGGUCGAGGGCGAAGAGCAGGAUGGAGGUGCGGUGGUAGGGGCGGGGAGGGCUGAAGGGAACGGCAGCAAGGGGGUGGAGACGGUAGUUGGCGGAGAGGCUGACGGGAUUAGUGUGCGCAUCGACCCGGAUGUGCUCGAUUGCUCCAUCUGCUUCGAUCCCCUCCAACCGCCCCUCUACCAGGUAAAAGUUGGUCCAUGCUGUAUGCCUUCUCAUAAUAUGCAGACCAUUCUUAUCAAAAGUCAUAUCUUAAGGUUGCCUUUCAAUGAUUGCAGCUUGUUUCUGUAUUUUUUCAGUGCCAAAAUGGCCAUGUAGCGUGCUUUUCCUGCUGGUCUAGGCUCACCAACAAAUGCCACAUUUGUUCUAGUGAUGCUAACUUUGUAAGAAACAUUGCACUGGAGAAAGUUGUUGAGUCAGUUAAGUCAUCCUGCUCAUAUGCCAAAUGGGGCUGUAACAAGUUGGUCAGCUAUGCAUGCAGAAACGCUCAUGAAGAAUCCUGCCUUUUUGCUCCAUCGAUGUGUCCUAUUCCUGGUUGUGGGUACAGAGGAUUUACUGGAUGGUGGUCAGGACAUUUCCUUACAAACCAUAAUAGUGAUGGGCUGCGCUUCUCAUAUGGUCAGUGUUUUGAUGUGAGUUUGGAAAUGUCAGUUCCUUUUCUGGUUCUUCUAGCAGAGGAUGAUCACCUAUUCAUUUUCAUCAACAAGAACGUGAUUCCCUUUGGCCAUGCGCUUUCAGUGUGUUGCCUUAGGACUGGCAAUCUGAAUUGGAAUUUCUUAUACGAAAUGAGAGCAACUAGUAAAGGAAACACUAAAAACAGUCUGCAAUUGAAGGCUUCUGUCACAAAUACAAGGGAGUGGCGAGGUCUCAAUCCUACAGAAGUUUUCCUUUUGGUUCCAUAUGCCUUCAGCAAAUCUAGCAAACUUACACUGAAUGUCUCUAUUGAGAGGGUUGCUGAUGUGAAGUGAAUAUCUGCAGUUUGUAAUGUGUUGUAAAAUGUAAAAAAGGUGGCAGUGUAAGUUUGUCUUUAGAAACUGGUUUUCCACUGAGGCAUCUCUGACCCAUUUGGUUUGCUAAACCCUUGACUCUAUUCUUGUGAUUCAGAUGAUGCCAUCAAGGUUUGUAACUGUAUGUGUAUACUCCCAUGUACUAAAAUCUGUAACUGAGAUGCUUGACGUAGGAACUAUAUGAAAUAUUCAAUUUGCAUUCUUGUGUAAA